AUGUCUGAGACCAAGAUUCAGCCGGUGGAUCCCCAAAAGCUGGGGAAGAUUUCGUUCAAAAAGACGGACGACUUGAUCGACGACUGGCACAUUGAAUAUGACGAGUCAGCGAGUGCUGAUGAUCAUUUCGGUAAUCUCAAAGCAGCGGCUCGCGAUCUGGUGGAGACGGAUGUGCCCGUGGCAUUCCCUACCGAGACAGUGUAUGGGCUUGGAGCAGAUGCGACGAGAAGCUCGGCUGUAAAAGAAAUCUUUGCUCGCAAGGGGCGACCGGCCGAUAAUCCACUGAUUGUCCACGUACACUCUUUACCACAACUUCGCGCACUAUUGUCAGGGAAGUUGGAGAUUACAGGCGAUGGGAAGAUCAAUGGCAAGGACCCCAUACCAGAGAUCUACAGACCAUUGAUUGAGCGGUUCUGGCCUGGUCCACUUACCCUCAUCCUUCCGACUCCAGAGACUUCGAUCCUCGCGCCAGAGGUCACGGCAGGCCUUUCGACAUUUGGCGCACGAAUGCCACGCUCCAUGAUUGCCUUGUCUCUCUUGCGACUAUGUGGACGCCCUCUUGCUGCUCCCUCUGCGAACGCAUCGACCCGUCCGUCCCCCACAGCCGCCGAGCAUGUUUACGACGACCUGAACGGCAAGAUAACACGAAUAAUUGACGGUGGGCCAUGCGAAGUGGGCGUCGAAAGUACAGUGGUAGAUGGCUUGUCUAGUCCACCGGCGAUAUUGCGACCAGGCGGUGUAACGGUAGAACAGCUGCGACAAUGUCCUGGGUGGGAGAAUGUAGUGGUUGGAUACAAGGAUAAGCAGGCAGAGGACUCGAGUAAACCCCGAGCCCCAGGAAUGAAGUACAGACACUAUAGCCCGAAGGCGUCUGUUCUUCUUUUUGAAGCAGGCGCCGAGCAGCCUACACCUGAAGAAUUGAGAAGCAAGAGCAGGAUCGGCAUUGUCAGGACAAAGGAUUGGAAACUCGCUCUGGGCCUGAAUGCCGAGAAAGUGCAGUUGGCAAAUCCAGACGGAUGGGGUUGCUCUACACCGCAAACCGAAGCUCCUGUAAGCACCGAUGUACCUUCGCCACGCCAGUCCAAUCUCGUCCGAUCAGUCAUGCAACACCAAAUCCCCGAGUCUGACCAUUACAUUGUACCGCCUGAGGCCAUACACGUAUGGGACAUUAAUCUGGGUGCGAAGACGGAAGACAUUGCACGAGGUCUCUUUUCUGCACUGCGAGAUCUGGACAAGAAGGGUGUGGAGAUUAUAUAUGUUGAGGGUAUUGACGAUAAGUCUGGGGAUGAUAUAGCUGCUGCGGUUAUGAAUCGGUUGAGGAAAGCGGCGGAGAUACGGAUUUGA